GAGGUGCCGGCUAUCCGUUCCCACUUUUAUACGCGUGGUCGAUACCUCAUAAUGGGGCUGGUGGUCACAUUUCCCAGAACCAGAUGUACGUUGAGAAGCUUUCUCCGGCAUACGGCGCUUGGAAACAGACACUGAUUUUCAUGAUCCAUGGAAUGGCACAAACCGGCACGAACUUUCUCAACAAACCAGAUGGCACUCGUGGCUGGGCUUCGCAAUUCAUCAGCCAAGGCUAUGAGAUUUAUAUCGUCGACCUGACCUCGCGAGGCCGUUCUGCCUCGACCGGCAGCCAGACCCAGAAGGUUAUUCCCUCUGAGAUGGUUGAGAUGGCGUUUACUGCAACCAAGCAGUAUAUGCUUUGGCCUCAAGCUAUCAAUCAUACUCAAUGGCCUAGAACCGGUGUUAAAUACGACCCGAUCUUUGAUGCUUUCUACACCUCUGAUGUUCAGUUCAUAGACGACGCCGUUUAUCAGCAGAGUUUUGUGCAAGAGGCGGGCGCAACUCUUCUGGACAAAAUCGGGAAGCUUGUCAUUCUCCUCGACCACAGCCAGGGCAGCUACAUGCCUAGCUUUAUUGCUGACAAACGGCCUCAUCUGACCAAUACACUGGUGCUUGUUCAGCUGGCAGGCCCAGCUUUCAAAGACGAAAUCUUCAACUUGGGUAUGAAGAACCCUCGUUGUUGGGGCUUGUGGGAUAUUCCGCUUACUUACGAACCUCCUGUCACCGACCCCAAGGAUGAAAUUAUUCAGCAAGUUCAUCCUGCAAGGGACAACAUCUCCGCGCAAUGCAUACUUCAGUCUGAUCAUCCUGAGCCGCGAAAGUUAGCUAAUUUCCAGGAUGUACCUAUUCUUGUCGUCACCAGGGAUGCGCACUUCCACGCUACGAACGAUUACUCUUCAGUUGCUUAUCUGCGCCAAGCUGGUUGCAGUAAGACUGAACACAUGGAGCUUGGGAACAUUGGUAUUCAUGGUAAUGGGCAUAUGCUCUCCAUGGAGAAGAAUAGUGCUCAGAUUCAGGAAGCUAUUGAGGAUUGGCUCCGUCGAGUGUAGACUGAGCAACCAUCUUGCGUUGUAGCCCUGAUUUCCUGAGCGGAUCUCGGGCCUAAGGAUUCAUGUUUAUUACUGGGAGUAGUUUAGUCAUGCAAUCUGUGAUACACCAGAAAAUCGCACCCUCAGCGGUAGAAUAUUGGAGCGCAUUGCAGAGAUACCCUAGUGAGCCGGAUUUCCUCCGAGUAAAUCCGGCCGAUCAUCAGCGUGGCCGGGAACCCUAUCAAUCGCACAGAUUUAUCUUCAUUGCCACACAUAAUAAAGUCAAGGUUUUCUCAUGGUAACGCAUUUCUCAA